AUGGAGCCAUCAGCCCAACCUCCAAAAGCUGAUACGAGGCUUCCUCGCAAAUCGGGUGUCGUCCCACCGAAGACGCUGCGCGAUCGGCUCUUGCAUCGUCUCCCACGAUACACCGGCCCAUAUAAUGUGGGAUAUAUGGAUAUCGAGGUUCCGGCGCGGGAACCACGUCCGGUCUCUGGCUUGAAGCGCGGGGGCAAGCCUGUCUUGCGACUGGACACUGUGCUCAUGGCCAUCUACUAUCCGGCCGAGAUUCGCGAAGACUUCAAGACGUCGGAUGGCAAAGAAGAGUUGCAUCGCAUCGACUGGAUGCCGCGUCCCCGGUUUGCGACGUCAAAGGGAUAUGCCAAGAUGAUGAACCUACCGUGGCCGCCGGUGACGGGCUACUUGGCUUCGACAACACUGUUCACAAAGCUGCCCGCGUUCCGCAACGCGAAGCUAGCGCAACACUGGCCCGAAGAUAUGAAGAAUGAUUCGGGGCCUGGCGGGCAAGCUGCGCGUGAAGAGGAGAGUCGAACAGAGACGAACCCCAAGUUCCCUGUGAUCAUCUUUAGCCAUGGUCUGGGUGGCUCACGGCUGUGCUACAGUGCCAUCUGCGGCGAACUUGCUAGCUUUGGCUUUGUUGUGGUGGCGCUGGAGCACAGAGAUGGCAGCGCAGCCAGGACAUACGUCAGCCUGCCGGGCAACAUUGAAGCAAAUGAGAUUGAGUCCUCAACUGCGCGGAUCGUCGCGAACAAUGACGACGACAAGGAACAUGGGAAUAAACGUGUGAAAAGGAGAAAGAAACAGGAGCUCAACCCAUACUACGUCGUGGACUACAUUCUCCCCAAGGACAACGCGCAAGAUACAUCGCCACAUAAUCCCAAGGGUGUUGACCAUAAACUCCGAACGGCUCAAGUUGCCUUGCGGUUAGAGGAAAUCAAAGAAGCGUUCCACGUUCUUGAGCUGCUCAACCAAGGCGGCGGCGAAGAAAUUGCCAGAAUCAACCUACGCAAAAAGGGCAACAUCGGGUCAAGCUCGCUCGGCUUAAAAGGCGUCGACUGGGACGAUUGGAAAGACAGCAUGUUCCUCGAUGGUGUCACCAUCAUGGGCCACUCCUUUGGCGGAGCGACAACGUUCCAGGCAUGCCGCGAGGACCAGCUGAGCUGGAUAGGUCAGGGCGUGGCACUUGAUGCAUGGGGUAAUGGCACCCCUGUAGUUGGUGAUGCACCGGAGGAGAAAGUGUCCAAGCCCAUCAUCUCCCUAUCCUCAGAGGCCUUCAUCCACUGGAAGAGUAACUUUGACCGCAUUGUGGGCAUCUGCGGUGAAGCGCGUGAUGCAAGACAGCUGUGCUGGAUGCUGACCAUUGUUGGGUCGACGCACUUGUCCAUGAGUGACUUCUCCGUCCUCUACCCAAACUGGAUGUCGUUCUUCAUGAAGUCCAUGGUCAAUCCAGAGCGCGCAUUCUACUUGACAAUUGCGGCUACACUCGAAUUUCUGGACACGACGCUCCCUCCCCAGCAGACCAAGUACAACACGUGGCUGAAUGAGCAGCUCCUUGAGGCAGGUGACCAGACUAAGCCUGACGAGACACUGUUCCCGGACCACGCCCCAGAUGAUAAGUGGGUUGCCGUGCGACUCAAAAUCCCAAAUGAAUUCUGGGCACGCAUCCGGGCCUGGUUCAGGCGAUUAAGGGCACGGGCUCUGUGCAGGGCAACUGACGAGUUAGAUAUGGUGAAUGGGCUGCGAGACUUCAGUGAGCAACCAGAGAUUUGGACGCACUUGCGACCGACCAGGAGUCAGGUAGACGCGCAUAUGCGAAGGGCCAGUAGUACUGGGCAGGGGCAGAGAAGCUCGCGGGCCUCGAAAUGA